CCUCUUAUUUACCUUCUUGAUUCUCCAAGCAACUUGCUCAACAAUCAGCAUUGUAAUUUGUUUCUUCACCACAAUCUUCUUGAAAAGAUGGAAGUAAUUGAUGUUGAAGACCAAAUCUCUAUUACAAUUGAUGAUGACGAAAUUUCGGAUCCCGGGUCUGUAACCGAAGAAAGCAGUGCUCGUCGUGAGGAAUUGGGGUUGUUUUCUGGGGAGGAAUUGAUUCGCAUAGGGGAAGGGAGCGUGGAGCAUGAUUUGCUGAAGAGAGUAUUUCUUUUGGGCAUGGGAACGGCUGCGAAGGACACCGACGUUGUGGCAAUACACAGGAACACCGGCUCCAGCUUGGCCAAGAAAGCUAGGUUGGACUCGUAUAAGAUUUUCUCCGAGGCGGUGGCGAGAAAGUGUGGAGGCAAUGCUAACACGAGGUAUGCUUGGUAUGGCGGUGCGAGGGAUGAAAUUCUUGGGAUUUUGAAACAUGGGUUUAGCCUGUGUACAAGGCCCAUGCAUGGCCCUUCGUAUGGUGAUGGGCUCCAUUUGGCUUCUGCCAAAUUUUCCAUUGACAGUGCAUCUUCCUCUGUGGCUGACGAAGACGGGUUAAGGCAUAUUCUGCUAUGCCGCGUCAUUAUGGGCAACAUGGAAGUCGUUUAUCCUGGUUCCAAGCAGUUUCAUCCGAGCUCCCAGAACUUCGAUUCCGGCGUGGACAAUCCCUCGGAUCCCAGAAGACUCAUUGUGUGGAGUGCUUUCAUGAAUUCCUACAUCCUUCCUGCUUUCAUCAUUACUUUCAGGGCCCCCGCUUGCUUAAAUCAUUUUCAAAGCGUGCCUGCAAAUGUUUCCACAUCCACAACGCCACGGAUGAGUAUUCCUGCUCUGAUAUCUGUACUUUCAAGGUCCUUGAAUCCUUCUCAAAUGGCUUUGAUUGAAAAAAGACACAAGGAUUUACGGGACUUGAAGAUCACGCGACACCAAUUUGUACACAUUCUGAGGCUCAUUGUUGGAGAUGAGUUGUUAGCUGAAAUAGUCAAAACUCACGCACAAGCAAGAUGAUGCGGCCAAAAUACAAAUAUUAGCGAAGCGGAUGCAUUGCAAGGAAGGAUGUUUUUUUGACGUUAAAAACCGAGAGUGUAUAUUGGAUUCUUCCCGUUCCAGUUUUAGCCAAGAGAUUGAAAUGGUUCUAGUGCAAUUGGUUCUUAAAGGGUUUGUUUUGUUUCCUACGAUUGUCCAAUUAUUUUUUCUCACAAUUUUUUUUUGUCGAACAUACCCUUUAAGGCUUUCAUUUGCGUCAUGCAUGUAUGACGCAUCUCCAAUUAUUGAUGUGACAAUUUCAAACGCUCUUAUAGACAAAUAACAAGCUUUGGUUUUUGUACAA